CCAUCAUUCCAGACAUUCUUCUAACUAAGCUAAACCAGCUACAGGUACCGGAACAGACUUCUCUCCUAUUGAUCAACAAAGAUCCAGACCCAAUGGACAAAAAUGGCUAACAAUAGACGCUCCAUUUCCGUCUUGGAAAUGGAAGAUCCGGUGAUGGUCCUCAAAGUGGCAGGAGGGUCAGGCACGGUGGGAAGAAACCCUCAGCUGCUACCGACUGGAAGCAUUGGGCAAUUCCCACAAAGGGUGCCACCGCAGAAGAAAGUUAAGCAGGAACCAGACGAAGUGGUCCUUCCUUAUUGGGACACCCACUUUCGGCAGGAAACGGGAUCCCCUUGCUCACGAUGGGGGUCUCCUCAGCCGCCCCAGGAGCCGACCCCGUGGGAUGAUGCCAAGGGCUUCCUGGCCUCCUUUGAGCAAGUGGCCAAAGCUUGCCGGUGGCCGAAAUACGAGUGGGUAUCCCGUCUCUUGCCCGCCCUCGGUGGGCAAGCUGAAAGGGCCUUCAGUAGCCUGGAGGCCGGAGAGCAAGAGGAUUAUGGGAAAUUGAAGAUGGCCAUCUUACAGGGAAGCGCCCUGAGCCGGGAGAAGCAACGCCAGCACUUCCGGCGUUUCUGCUACCAGGAGGCUGAGGGCCCGCGAUGGGCUUGCAGCCGUCUUCAGGAGCUUUGCCGCCAGUGGCUGAAAGUGGAGAGACACUCCAAGGAGCAGAUCCUGGAGUUGCUGAUCCUGGAGCAGUUCCUGGCUAUCCUACCAGGGGAGAUUCAGAGCUGGGUCAGAGCCCGGGGCCCCGACACCUGCUCCCAGGCGGUAGCCCUGGCCGAGGAUUUUCUGCAGAAGCAGCCGGGAAUGGAAGAGUGGGAGCAACAGGAUAUCAUGCCAUGUGAGGAAGUAGCGGUUGGUUUUUCAGGAUCAGAACAAGCUUUCCAGCCUCCGGAUCAGAGCCAGCUGCAAGGAGAAGCCGAAGGAGAAAGUGAUGGGGGCAGUUGUCUCCCAGACUACAGACCUGCAAAUGAUCAGGAGCAGAGAAGCUAUUUGCAGGGAGGAGUUGAGGAAAGGGACCUGUGCUGGAUCCCACAAGGACGAUUCACCAAGAACUUUUCCAGCGUCCCCGAUGAGCAGAAACUCUUCCAGAAUCAGACCCGGCCAAAAAUUCAGCCAGGAAUCCAUAUACAGAACAAAGCCACCCUAUCCAUCGCUUCGGUCAUCAAUAGGAAGAUCUUGGGCAAACCCUUAUUAUUCCAGAUUCAGAAGUCAAGCAUCCCGUCUGGGCUGGACUUGAGUCGGGAACCAGACGAUAACAUCCCGGUUCCCGAGAGACCCUACCACAAGUGUCCGAUCUGCGGGAAGACCUUUGGUCAAAGCUCGCAUCUGAAUUUCCACCAGAGGACCCACGACGUAGAGAAGCCGUACAAGUGCACCCAGUGUGGGAGCAGUUUCCACUCACGCCAAGGCCUCAUCUACCACCAACGCAGCCACGCCGGCGAGAAGCCGUACAAGUGCUCCUUCUGCGGGAAAAACUUCAGCCAGAGCUCUCACCUCCUGGUGCAUAAGAGGAGCCACACGGGCGAGAAGCCCUUCAGGUGUCCUACCUGCGGGAAGUGCUUCAGCCGCAACUCCCUUCUGACCAUCCACCAAAGGACCCACACAGGGGAGAAGCCGUACACAUGCUUGCAGUGCGGCAGCCAGUUCCAUUCCGGUUCGGGGCUGAUUAACCACAAGAGGAUUCACGCAGGCGUGAAACCCUAUCAAUGCGUGAAGUGUGGGAGGGAUUUCAUCCGGAAGGCACACCUCAUUCGGCACCAGAGCAUACACAGCGAUGAAAAGGUGAUAAAAUGCUCACACUGCUGGCUCAUAUUUAGUCAGAGCAGCAACCUGGCCGAGUGUCCGCGUCUCCACUCUGGCGUCAGGCCUUACAAAUGCUUAGAAUGUAGGAAAGAUUUCAGUCAAAGCACCCAACUGACCUCCCACCAGAGGACCCACACGGGGGAGAGGCCGUACAGUUGUCCAAGCUGUGGCAGGACCUUCAAUCAGAGCACCAGCCUGAUCCAACAUCAGAGGAUCCACACCGGGGAGAAACCCUACCAAUGCUCCGAGUGUGGGAAGAGCUUCCGCCACAGCACCAGUCUGACCUCCCACCAGAGAAUCCACACGGGGGAGAAGCCGUACAAAUGCUCCGAUUGCGGGAAAGGCUUUUGCAACCAGUCGGGCCUCAUUAACCACAAGACCAUUCACACGGGGGAGAGGCCCUACAAAUGCUUGGAGUGCGGGAAGAGUUUCAGCCAGAGCACCCACCUUACGUCGCACCAAAGAAUUCACACGGGCGAGAGGCCGUACAAAUGCUCGGACUGUAACAAAACCUUUUGCGAUCAGUCGGGGCUCGUUAAACACCAGAGGAUCCACACGGGGCAGAAACCCUAUAAAUGCCUGGCGUGCGGGAAGAGUUUUAGCCAAAGCACCAACCUUAUUAGACAUCAGAGAAUCCACACGGGGGAGGAAGCCCACAAAUUAACCUCUCCUUGUAACGCGAUGGUUGCGUUCCAGUUUCAAAUGCCCGCCAUUUCUAAGGCUUAAUCCCGGUAGUCCUCGAUUUACGACCACAACUGAGCCCAGAAGUUAUGUUGCUAAGUGAGUUUUGCCCCGUUUGACAACUUUUCUUGCCGCCUUUGUUAAGUGGAUGUGUGUCGUCGUUUAAUGACCUCAUAAUCCUUUGCGGGGGUGGAGUCAGGGCAACUGAACGGAGCUCGCAGGGUGUUUACUGGCCAGAUGCCCUUCCUGUCGCCAAUGCGGAGUUUUGUUCAGAAGAUAUAUUCUCAUUCUGCCCCAGAGAGAGAAAUAGGAGCCUCUACCUAGGAUCGAACUCACAGCCUCCUGAUUGUGAGGCGAGAGCUCCGCCUGUAGGCCACCGCGCCACUCUGUUAAGUGAAUCCCUGCGGCUGUUAAAUUAGUAACGCAGUGAUUAGGUGAAUCGGGCUUCCCCGUUGACUUUGCGCGUCAGAACGUUGCAAAAGGUGAUCACGUGACCCCAAGAUGUUGCAGCCGUCAUAAAUACGAACCAUUUGUCCAGCAUCUCAAUGUAAAACACAUGAUCAUGGGGAUACUGCAAAGGUCAUAAGUGUGAAAAAUGGUCACCUCACUUUUCUCAGUCCCGCUGUAAUGUAAAGCCACCGUCAAUGACUGAAGCAAAAAAAAAAGUCAUACAAUUGGGCAUGAUUUAUUUAACAUCUGUCUUGCUUAAAUUUUGGGCCCGGUUGUGUUUGUAAAUCGAGGACUACCUGUACACCUCUACAGCAGUCAUACCCACUGCGAUGUUAUAAAUCGGUGUCUCUUGAUUGUUUGUCUAUA